GUCUUGUCCUAAAGAAUGUUGAUUAACAUGUGUCUUGUGUGUAGGCCUGAUAUACUGGUCAUUAUAUAGUUGCACUUUUAGGCAGGCAGGGUAUUACACAUAGAAUCUUUAAUUAACCUUCUCCUCAGGUUAAUGGGUAUAAAACUGGCCAAUAGUCAAGAUUGUACAGUACAAGUCAGAUUUAGGCCUUGACAAAAUAGAAGGAUGUGUAUCCUUACAUAGUUACUUAAUGUGCUGCUCCAAUAUAAUUUUUCCCUUAAGUACACAAACCCAUGACACACCUCUCUGCUAGGGAGUAUUUAAUUUGUUAAUGCUACUGGCCAUGGGAGUGUUGUGACCAAUCAGGGACCAUGUGACUACUCUGGAACCAGCACAUACUCUAGUGUAUUUAACUGCAUCCAGAAAUGCUGGGACUUUAUUCAGACACCAGUGUGCCCAGAGGGUACUUAGUCUAGAUCUACAUUACUUUGUGUAUCAUCUACGGUGUAAUCCUUCAUAACAAAUACACCAAGAUCAACAACAGCGUUAUCUUUUUUGCCAUAUCAAGAGCAACUGUUCCUCAAAUAAAUAACCUUCAAAAUGCACAGUAAAGACCAGAUAUGUCAUGAUGACUACCAGAAGACAGCCAGCUGGCUCCUGUCUCAAACACAGCAUCGUCCCAGAGUGGCCAUCGUCUGUGGAUCUGGACUGGGCAUGCUGGCGGACGCUCUCAAGUGCCAGGACUCCUUCCUUUACUCUGACAUUCCUGGGUUCCCACAGAGCACAGUGCAAGGACACGCUGGAAGACUGGUAUUUGGGGAGCUGAAAGGGAAGACGUGUGUUUGCAUGCAAGGCCGUUUCCAUAUGUAUGAGGGACACUCACUUUGUAAGACCACGUUUCCAGUACGGGUGUUCAAGCUGCUGGGGGUGGAGACCCUGAUUGUGACCAAUGCAGCAGGCUCACUGGCAGACAGCUACCAGGUUGGAGACAUCAUGAUCAUCAAAGAUCACAUUAACUUCCCUGGUCUGGCUGGGCUCAAUCCCCUCAACGGACCCAAUGAUGACAAGUUUGGUCCCCGGUUCCCCCCCAUGUCUGGUGUGUAUGACAAGGACCUGCGAAAAAUGGCCUUUGACCUCUGUAAGCGUAUGGGUGUCACUCAGUUUGUCCAGGAGGGGGUCUACUGCAUGGUCGGAGGGCCCAACUUUGAGUCAGUUGCAGAGGCCAGACUCCUUCACAGAUUAGGUGUGGACGCUGUGGGGAUGAGUACAGCACCAGAGGUGGUUGUGGCUUCCCACUGUGGCAUGAGGGUUUUCGGCCUCUCACUCAUCACCAACAAGGUGGUGAAAAGCUACGAUGACACAGAGUUGGUCAACCAUGAAGCUGUUCUUGAGGUCAGCAAACUGCGCUCACAAACAUUGCAAUCGCUGGUCACCGAGCUGGUUAGCUGGAUGGACAUCAACAAUAACACAGCCUGAACAGAACGAAAGAAGAAGCUACACUGAAACCUAUAUAGCUACUGUAUAAUGAAACAUGGUGCCCUGGUAGAUGUUUGAAUAUUGUUUAUGUUAAAUCAACAAUAAUGUCACCUGUUCAGUCUGUAAAUGUUGUACAAAAUAGAUGAGGUUAUAUCUAAUCCUAAUCAGGUUUAUAACUGUUUUAUAUUUUGAAUUUGACAUGAAACACAGAAAUCGACUGUAAUUUAUAACAAUUGAACAACUAUUUAACUUACAGUACACAGUUGUUUGCUAACACUUGUUCACAGAUAAUAAUAGUGCAACUUUACUAUGCAACUCUAUUUCCAAUGGGAAGUAAAUAAGUAUUUGAAAUCAGUAUGUCACAUAUUCAAAAAAUUGUAUAGAUGCAUACCUUUAUGCAUAUCUAAGAUAUUGCAGAUUUUUUUUAUGGAGCUAUUAAUUAAAUCUGUAAAAUAUCAUGUAUCAAUUUAAAAUGUUAUUCAAUUGCAGCUCAACUUUGA